GGGAGGGUGGGCAGGUCCUGUGUCCCCAAGCACCCUCCUGCCAUGGGUGCUGUGUCCCCGAGCACCCUCCUGCCAUGGGUCCCCUCCUGCCAUGUCCCGUGUCCCCCCCAAAGCACCCUGCCCUGAGUCCCCUCCCUGUGUCCCCAGCCCACCCUGGGUGUCCCCAGCCCACCCUGGGUCCCUGCGUUGGGUGUCCCCAGCCCGCCCUGGGUGUCCCUUGCCCACUGUGGAUCCCAGACCCUCCUUGUGGUCCCUGGAUCCCUGCCCAGGGUCCCCUGCCCACCUGGGUCACCCUGUCCACCUUGUCCCCUGCUCCCCAAUGAUGGUGGGUUCCGUCCCGCAGGAGAUGGAGAUGGAGCCCCGGGGGAACGGCCUGGAGCCGGUGGGACACUACGAGGAGAUCGAGAUCUCAGAGAGCAGCGUCAACAAUGGCCCUGAGAACAUUGGGCCCCACUGCUUCGAGCUCCUCCGUGUCCUGGGCAAGGGUGGCUACGGCAAGGUGUUCCAGGUCCGCAAAGUGCAGGGCACCAACACGGGGAAGAUCUUCGCCAUGAAGGUCCUGAAGAAGGCCAAGAUCGCCUGCAAUGCCAAGGACACAGCACACACCCGCGCCGAGAGGAACAUCCUGGAGGCUGUCAAGCACCCCUUCAUUGUUGACCUCAUCUACGCCUUCCAGACGGGUGGCAAGCUCUACCUCAUCCUGGAGUGCCUCAGCGGUGGAGAGCUCUUCAUGCAGCUGGAGCGGGAAGGCAUCUUCCUGGAGGACACCGCCUGUUUCUACCUGAGCGAGAUCACGCUGGCACUUGGCCACCUGCAUUCCCACGGCAUCAUCUACCGUGACCUCAAGCCAGAGAACAUCAUGCUCAACAGCCAAGGCCACAUCAAGCUGACAGACUUCGGGCUCUGCAAGGAGUCCAUCCACGAUGGGGCUGUCACCCACACCUUCUGUGGCACCAUCGAGUACAUGGCUCCGGAGAUCCUAGUGCGCAGCGGACACAACCGGGCAGUGGAUUGGUGGAGCCUGGGCGCCCUGAUGUAUGACAUGCUCACAGGAUCGCCCCCUUUCACUGCUGAGAACCGCAAGAAGACGAUUGACAAGAUCCUCAAGGGCAAACUGGUACUGCCACCGUACCUGACGCCUGAUGCACGGGACCUGCUCAAGAAGUUCCUCAAGAGAAACCCCAGCCAGCGGGUCGGGGGAGGCCCAGGCGACGCGGCCGAUGUGCAGAAACAACCCUUCUUCCGACACAUCAACUGGGAGGACCUUCUGGCCCGCAGGCUGGACCCUCCCUUCAAACCCUGCCUGCAGUCGGAGGAGGACGUGAGCCAGUUUGACACCCGCUUCACCCGCCAGACGCCAGUCGACAGCCCCGACGACGCUGCCAUCAGCGAAAGUGCCAAUCAAGCCUUCCUGGGUUUCACCUACGUGGCCCCUUCGGUGCUGGAGAGCAUCAAGGAGGGGUUCUCCUUCCAACCCAAGGUGCGCUCCCCCCGCCGCCUCAACAGCAGCCCCCGCACCCCCGUCAGCCCCGUGAAGUUCUCCCCCUUUGAGCCGUUCAAGCCAGGAGGGGUGACGGCGGAGCCAAUGGAAUUGGGGGGCAGCGUCCCCCCCCCACCCGACAGCACGGCCCCCCUGCCCAUCAAAACCUCGGGGGGGGGCAAAAAGCAAAAGGGGGGGCGGGGGAGGGUGCCCAGGUAAGGAUUUGGGGGGCGA